AUGUCGCCUGAUCCCAAGACGACGUCCCCCAGCGUGCACACACUCGACCCUCACAAGACGUUCGACUCGCGCCCGAUCUUCUCGCACGUCGCCACAUCCAGCGGGCCAUGCCGCAUCGUCGCGACGGCCGGGCAGGUGGGCGCCGACCACAAUCGCGUGGUGCCGCAGGACAUUGACCAGCAGAUCGCGCUCGCCAUGACGAACCUGGGCCGCUGUCUCGAGGCCGCCGGCGCCAAGGUCACCGACGUCUUCAAGCUGGUCUACUACAUCGUCGACUACGACCCCGCGCACCGCCGGCACACCAAGCACCUCCGGGCAUUCCUGAACGGCCACCGGCCGGCGACCACGCUGGUUCCCGUGCCUGCCCUGGCGGAUCCGGACUUCAAGUUCGAGAUCGAGGCCUAUGCCGCGGUCAGGCAGGAGCCGCUGACCACCGUGGAAGUGGUCGUGGUGGGAGCCGGUCUGAGCGGUCUGCAGGCGGCCUAUGACCUGCAAAAGGCCGGCGUGUCGUGCGCGGUUGUCGAGGCUCGCGACCGCGUAGGUGGAAAGACAUGGUCCGUGGAUCCGUUGGGCCAGGAGAAAUUCGUCGACGUCGGUGCCGCCUGGAUCAACGACACGAACCAGGCAAAGGCGUAUGCCCUGGCCAAGUUCCUCGGUCUGGAUCUCGUGGUUCAAAGCACCGUGGGCCAUAUCAUCCAAGAGGAUCUCGGCGGCACUACAGGAUUGUUUCCCUACGGCGGAACGCCCUCCAACGCCCCCGAGCCCAACGGGAUCGAACACAUGGUGUACAUCCGCGAACUGUUCGAGAAACUGUGCCAACAGGUGGACAUUCGUGACCCGGUGGGCUCAAGCGGACGCUUUGACAAAAUGACCUUGGAAGAAUGGUGCAAGUCGGAGACUCAAUCCACGACCGCGCUUGCGACUGUCACAUUGUGGACGAGAGCGUUGCUCGGCCUCGAGCCGUCCGAGAUCAGUGCACUCUAUUUCCUGGAUUACUGCAAGAGUGGUGGAGGUCUGCUCCAGUUAAGAUCCGAUUUCAAGGACGGCGGGCAGCAUCUCAGAUUCGUCAGAGGGACCCAGUCAUUGUCACUCGGGCUAGCGAGUCUGAUGAAGCCAGGUUCAAUCGUCCUCAACUCACCUGUUCGGCACAUAUCACAAACCCCUGACGGAAUCUAUGUCUCGGCAGGUAGGGGAGACUUCAAGUGCCAGCGAGUCAUCGUCUCUGUGCCCACUGUCCUGUAUAAAGAGAUCGCUUUCGACCCACCCUUGCCUGCUGCGAAGUCUGAGCUUGGGAAGAACAACGUCCACGGGUACACAUUGAAGGUCCUGGUCCUCUACUCUGAGCCCUGGUGGCGCAAAAAAGGGUUGUCCGGGGCCAUCAUGUCCUUCUUGGGUCCCAUCACCACGUGCCGCGACUCCAGCAACGACGAGAAAGGCCAAUUCUCCCUGACGUGCUUCACCAACGGCGAUUUCGGCCGGAAGGGAUCUCUGCUCUCGCAACAGGACAGAUUCAGUACGAUCCUGGCCCACAUCAAGCGCGUGUUCGGACCAUAUGUUGAUGUGCCAGAGCCACUGGCCGUCACGGAACAUGAAUGGGCAAGCGACCAGUGGGCGCAAGGCUGUCCGUGUCCUGCAGCACCACCGGGCAUCAUGACCAAGUACAACCACGCCUUGAGGACGACUCACGGAAAGGUGCACUUUGUGGGCACCGAGACUGCCUAUGAGUGGAAGGGGUACAUGGAUGGUGCACUGCGAUCGGGAGAAAGAGGAGCAAAGGAGGUGAUUGAGGCUUUGAGAAGAGCGAAGCUGUGA